AUGCCCAAGAAGCUUCAAGCGACCGGAGCAUCUGAAACGACACCAAAAAGAGACAAGCCUGCGGACGCAUCGCCGGCUUCCCAGACUGGUACUAUUGCACAUACUCCUAACCAAACUCUCAUCACUCCAGGCGAGACAGUAGAUCUCACGUCGCAGGUUCAGUACGUUCCGUCAGAUUUACAGCUCGCCUUACCUCCACAUCAGACACCACAUUCACAAGACAGUCCUUUCAUCGAAAGGACUAGUAAUGAGCAACAACCGAGCUUUGACUAUGAUCUGUCCACCUACGACAUCGACUGGGACUUCCCCAUCAACUGGUUACCGUACGACAAUGAGAUUGAGACAAACUACUACUCGAUUCUAGGCCUCGAUAUGACUCAACCUCUUGAUACUGGUAAUGGAACCAUGAUCGAUGAGGCAGUUCCCAGCUUUCCCAUGAUAGAUGCUCCACCACGACGUUUGUCGGCCGUAACAUCGCUUUCCCCAGGCAGCGGUCUGGGUGUUUCUCCGCAGUUAAGUAUGAGCUCUGGGCGUACUAUACCCGGAGACCUGUACGCCACCAGCUCAAACGGUGCCCGACGUCCUUGUACUGCCAAGUCAAAGCAGCUGUUCCCACCACCGGGGCUUCAAGGAUACACACAGCUACCAACCAUUUCUCAAGACUCAUGCCUCCAAGCCAACAGCCCUGUAACACUUUCGUUCCCAGAUCUGAGCCAUAUUGUCCUGGAAGACGAAGCGUACAGAGAGUCCUUCAUGACACAGUUGACGUACAGCAAGAUUUGCGAAGCCUUUACGCAAACGUGUCUCGAAUCUUCCAUGUUCCAUCAGCACUACAACUCUGCUGACUUUCCGUCAUUGAAGCUACUCGAAUACUUCGUCAAGCUCUUCUUUGAACACUUCGACCCGAUCGUUCCUCUUGUUCAUCCUCACACAACCGAUCUAAACGGAAACUGGGUUCUUGCUUUGGCGAUCUGUGCCAUCGGGAGCCAGUACUCAGCCACAGCGGAUAUCCACGCGUGCGUCGUACCAUUCCACGAAUUUCUCAGAAGAACUUUGGUUACUCAACUGGAAGGAUCAGAGCUCAACCUGCCGCUCGCACAGGCUCUUGUUCUGAGUCAAGUUGGCCUGCUAUACUCUGGUGGUAGUCAACUUCAAAAGGCUGCUUACGAGAGGAUGGGAAGUCUGCAGAUGGUCAUCACGUUCUAUCGUUGCCGAUCUGUUUCUCAAUUAGAUCCGUCGACAGAAGGUCAUGGUGAGGGAGAUGACGAUAGGUGGCGAGGCUGGGUUGAAGAUGAGACUUGGCGUCGACUGUGCUAUUUCAUUUGGCUAUUAGAUCGCAUGGGACACUACUUCUUUGAUGACCACCAGAUAGGUACAUUCAACGUUGCGGACUUGACCCUGCCGCACGAUGGCCUUUGGUCACAAGCAACGUCAUCAGAUUGGAUACAACUCCGUCGCCGCGUUGACGCGAACCCAACACUCGAAGUUGCCAUCAGCGAGCUCUUCCGCGAACGAACCGCCAAAGCCGACCUAGGCGAAUUCUCCCGCAUUCUUCUCCUGCACGCAGUAUACCAAGAAUACACCACCGUCAGCACCUACUGCAAACGUCCUCUCUCAUCCUGGAUCCCCCAGAACAACCCGGGGCCUCGCAGCGACGAAACCCAGCACCUUCAGCUCUCGGACUCAAACUGGCGAAACGCUGCUCUCGACUGCGUGGAUACGCUUCACUGGGCCGCUAAUGCCACCAUAGCAUCUCUGCUUGGAGCUGAGCACCCUACGGUCCUACAUCUGCACUUUUCGCGUGUUGUACUCCUAGUCCCACGAAGAGCGAUAAUUACGCUGGCGAAAUACCUCAAGGCGCCGGAGCAUUUGAGAAAGGAGGCUGCGAGCCAGAAGGAGGCGUUGCAGGCGGAACGUGAGAUAUCUGAAUGGGCUCAGCAAGAUGGGUCAAAAGCUCGACUUGCAGCGCUACACUGCGGCUGUUUCCUCUGGCACGUCCGACGCUACGCAAAGAUGACAUUCUACGAACCCCCCUGCGUAUUCUGGGCGACCUUGACUCUCUGGGCAUACAGUGUAUUCUGCAGUAAAUCACGAAGACCGGGAGGAGGAGAGAUGCGCAGCGGGAGUGUCACUCGACAGAUAUCGCCUGAUCGAUCAGACGAUGAGAAUCCCACGUUCAUAAGGCUGGACCGACCAAAUGACGAUGAAAUGGUGCAGCUGUUUGUCAGGACGGGGGUGUUGAAGGCGUAUAUCAGUGGUGUUGGGGAUAUCUACUCGGCGAAUGCGCCGAAGAGGAUAUUGAAGGAGGGGAAGAGGGUUUUGGAGAGUGUGGCUUUGGCGUGGGGGAGGAAUCGAGAGUAUCUGGAGUUGAUGCAAGCUCUGGCCUGAUGACGCUUUGUGUCAUGAUACAGGGUAACUGUUCGUAUGAGUCAAAGGUAACCACUUGUUGGAACGAACUGCUUUCUCC